ACUUCGGCACAGUCGCAGAGCAGCAGCACACAGAGGUGACAGCACUGAGACACUGAGCCAGAUUUCUCUGUGACAUUUGUGUUGCUGUUCAAUAAGAAGAAAAAAUGGGGAAACUUUUUCUGUUUUUCCUCGUUUUUGCUCUCUGUCUGUGUGGAACUUUUCAAAAGAACGGGAGAGGGAGAGGGAGAAACAAAGUGCAGAGGAACAGCUCGGAGCCUAAGCCUGAGGUUGCUGUGCCCAGAACUUUUAUAGCAGACCCAAUCAUUCAGACCAACUUCUUUUCUGUCCUAAAUGGGACACAGGCUCCCCUUUCAUCCUACUCCCCUCCAGCUCUGCAGUCUCUAAGCAACUAUGCAGCUGGAUACCUCCACGGCCCUCUGAGCACGCGGGUCAUCCCAAUUAUUUAUAUGUUGGCUGUCGCAAUCGGGAUCCCAGCCAACGUUGCCAUUUUGUGCAUGCUGGCUACUAAAAUUAGGAAGGUGUCUUCGGCCAUCCUGUACUGCAGCCUGGCCGUCUCCGACCUCCUCCUCCUCCUCUCCCUCUUCUUCAAGGCCCAUUACCAUUUCCAUGGAAACCACUGGGUGCUUGGAGAGGCUGCAUGUCGAGUGGUCACCGCCUGUUUCUAUGGCAACCUGUACUGCUCGGCCCAGACGCUAGCCUGCAUCAGCAUCAAGCGCUACCUGGCUGUGGUGCACCCAUUCAUGUACAAGACUCUCCCCAAGAGGACAUUCACUGGCUGGGUCAGCGUGGCCGUGUGGGGGAUGUUUGUUGCCGCCAUGGUACCCGAGCUGCUUGUCCAGCAGAGUUAUUGGCUCCCUGAGGUGGACCGCAUCACCUGCCAUGACGUCCUACCUCUGCACCAUGACUCUCAUGUCUUCCUGCUCUACUACAACCUGUUUCUGACUGUCUUCAGCCUCCUGCUGCCGCUGGUGAUCACCAUAGGGUGCUACAUCCGAAUAGUGUGCGAGCUCAACCGAUCACACCUCGACUGGGUGAUGUACAUCAAGGCCAGCUCACUAGUAUUUGUCAUCUUCCUGGUGUGCUUCACCCCCGCUGGAGUCCUGCAUUUCCUCCAUUAUGUGCAGCUGUCUGCAGAUGGAACGGAGAGUUUGUACGUGCACUUUAAAGUGGCGGUGUGUUUGUGUUGCAUCCAUGCCUGCCUGGACCCCUUCCUCUUUGUGCUCAUGUCCAAGUCUGCAGGCUCCAGGCUUUACUUCAGCCCCUUUAAAGGCAAGACCCUGAGCCUGUCCAUCUAAAAGAGACCUACGUGUUACCAAAAACUGGUUUACAUUUUGCAGCAGAUGAAGAGGGAGACUUUCUCUGUGGCUGGAAUCCAAAGAGAAAGCAAAAGGACCUCAAGUUUAUUUAUGAUAAGCAAGCAUGGGACAGAUGUUGUGUUGCAUUAAAACUUGGAAAACUGGAUCAGCAACACUUUUUUUGUGCUGCAUUCAGAUGCCUCUCACAAAUAAUUAAACCCUCAAAAUCAGAGCAAAUUGGUUUGCUGUCUUCUGAAAAUAUGGGGGAGAACACAAUGAGCAACUUGGAAAGAACUGUUGGGGAAUUAUUUUUUGAAAAAGAGCUAGGGAGAAAUUCAGCAAUACAC